AGCUAAAGGAAAAAACAGCCGCUUCCGUGUUGUUCUUGUGUUAUUUUGUAAAAUAACUGUCGUUAGCGGAGUCAAAGCUCGCCUGACAGCCUCGCCGGAGUGUGAAUAUCAUGGUUUUGUGAAGCUGACACACAGCGUCAGCCUUUUUUCAGCCAAAAUGUCGCUGCUGCAGAGCUCAAAGAAAAAAGACAAGCGUAUUUUGUCUGGUACCUGCCCAGACCCGAAAUGUCAGGCGAGGCUUUUCUUUCCUGCUUACGGCUCCGUUAGCAUCGAGUGUACCGAGUGUGGUCAGCGCCACGAGCAGAAGAACCUGCAGAACGUUGAGGAAGUCACCGACCCCGAUGUCGUGCUUCACAAUCUGCUCAGAAACGCCCUGCUCGGCGUCACCGGGGCCCCGAAGAAGGGGACCGAGCUGGUGAAAGUGAUGGGGCUUUCUAACUACCACUGCAAGCUGUUGUCGCCCGUGCUCACCAGGUAUGGCAUGGACAAACAAACCGGCAAAGCCAAGCUUCUGAGGGAGAUGAACCAAGGGGAGAUGUUUGACUGUUCCAUCCUGGGAGACAGAGCUUUUCUCAUUGAGCCGGACCAUGUUUCCACCAUAGGCUAUGGCAAAGAUAGGUCAGGGAGCCUUAUAUACCUCCACGACACUCUGGAGGAGGUGAAGAAAGCCAACGGCAACAGAGAGUGUCUCAUCCCGGUGCAUGUGGACGGAGACGGGCACUGCCUGGUCCACGCUGUGUCCAGAGCUCUGGUGGGGAGAGAACUGUUCUGGCAUGCCCUCCGUGAAAACCUCAAACAGAACUUCAAGCAGAAUCUGGAACGCUACAAGGCACUUUUUCAGGACUUUAUAGAUGCUGCAGAGUGGGAGGACAUCAUCAACGAGUGCGACCCUCUUUUCAUCCCACCAGAAGGCGUACCCCUUGGACUACGCAACAUCCACAUAUUUGGCUUAGCCAACGUCCUCCACCGACCCAUAAUUCUCCUGGACUCCCUGAGUGGGAUGAGGAGCUCCGGGGACUAUUCUGCCACCUUCCUGCCUGGACUGGUGCCGGAGGAGCAGUGCAAGGGGAAAGAUGGGAAGCUGAACAAACCCAUCUGUAUCGCCUGGAGCAGCUCCAGCAGGAACCACUACAUCCCUCUGGUGGGAAUCAAGAACACGGUGCUGCCAAAGCUGCCACCCCGUCUGCUGCCAAAGGCCUGGGGCGUCCCUCAGGACCUCAUCAAGAAGUACAUCAAGUUAGAAGCGGAUGGGAGCUGCGUGAUUGGCGGAGAUCGCAGCCUGCAGGAUAAAUAUCUGAUGAGGCUAGUUAACGCCAUGGAGGAGGUAUUUAUGGAGAAGCACAGCAUCCACCCGUCGCUGGUGGCUGACGUUCACCAGUACGUCUACAGGAGGACUGGCGUGAUUGGCAUCCAUCCAGAGGAGGUCACAGAGGCGGCAAAGAAGUCAGUGAUGGAAAAUCGGCUGCAUCGCUGCCUGAUCUGUGGCGCCCUUUCUGAGCUCCACAUCCCACCGGAGUGGCUGAUUCCCGGCGGUAAGCUCUACAACUUAGCCAAAUCCACACACGGCCAGCUGCGGCCGGAUAAGAACUACAGUUUCCCCCUCAACAAUGUGGUCUGCUCUUACGACCCCCAAAGGGAUGUUCUCCUCCCAGACUACAAACUGAGCUCCCUCAACACCUGCAACUGGUGUCACGGCACGUCAGUCCGCCAUAUCCGUGGAAACGGCUCGGUGGUUUAUCUGGAUGGGGACAGAACCAACACCCGCUCCCAGGGAGGGAAGUGUGGGUGUGGCUUCAAACACUACUGGGAGGGGAAGGAGUAUGACAACCUCCCCGAGGCCUUCCCCAUCACGUUGGAGUGGGGGGGUCGGGUGGUGCGAGAGACAGUGUACUGGUUCCAGUAUGAGACUGACCCUUCAUUGAACAGCAACGUGUACGACGUGGCCAUGAAGCUCGUCACAAAGCACUUCCCGGGCGAGUUUGGCAGUGAGAUCCUGGUGCAGAAAGUGGUCAACACUAUCCUCCAUCACACGGCCAAGAAGAACCCGGACGAAUACAACCCCGUGUCCAUCGACGGGGCUCAUGUCCAGCGCCUCACUGAUGCCUCAGAGUCUCAGCAGCCGGCGGACCCCCAGCCGCCCACAAAGAUCAUCCUGACGGGACAGAAAGCGAAGACGUUGCACAAGGAGGAGCUAACGAUGAGCCGAGCAGAGCGCAGCAUCCAGCAGAGCAUCAGCGAGCAGGCCUUCGUCACCCAGAAGCGUCGGACUGACAAACUGAAGCAGGAGCAGAAAGGCCAGGGCCGGACUUCUUCACCCGGAGGCUCUCCAGAAACCUCCUCCUCUUCAGCUCCAGCCACACCCACCAAGUCCUCCUCCCCGUCUUCGUCCAGUAAGGAGAAAAAGAUUCGUGUGACUACGAGCGACGGCAGACAGGCCAUGCUGACUCUGCAGGCCCACACGACCUUCUCUGAGCUGCAGAGGAGCAUCAGCAACCAGUUCAGCGUGCCGCCGGCGCAGCAAUGCAUCCGCUACGGUUUCCCACCUAAGGAGUUGGUCCCACCAAAAGAUGGCGAGGAAAACGAGCCAGUGGCGCUGCAGCAUGGUGACAGGGUGACUGUGGAGAUCCUAAAAGGCCCAGAGGACAAGAGCCCUGCGGCCUCCAUUCCCCGAGCCUCCAGCUCGCACUCCGCCCUGCAUUCAGUGAAGAGCGAGGACGCCGUGACGCCCGGAAGAAUGAGCAGCCGGGAACUCCAGGACAGCAUCGACCUUGAGAUGUCCUCCCUCUGUCUCCUAGCAACGUUGAUGGGUGAGGAUGUUUGGUCGUACGCAAAGAAGCUGCCACACUUAUUCCAGCAGGGCGGCGUCUUCUACAACAUCGUUAAGAAAGACAUGGGCCUGAUGGACGGGAAGCACUGCACGCUGCCUCACCUCACAGGGAAAACCUUUGUUUAUAAUGCAGCAGAGGAGCGUUUGGAGCUCUGCGUGGACGCUGCCGGUCACUUCCCUGUUGGGCCUGAUGUCGAGGAACUGGUGAAGGAGGCCCUGGUGCAGCUACGCUCUGAGGCAUCCGGUAGGGGCAGUAGAGAGGGUAGUCCCUCUCAUGGCGUGCUGCGGCUGGGCAGCGGUGGCGUUGUUCGUAAAAAGGAGCAGCUGCAGAGUGUCACAGCCUUUCAGGGAAAAGGCCACUCUCUGGGCAGCGCCGGAGGCUCCUCACCACCAGAACACCGCCCUAUCACACGACAGCACAGCAGUGGCGUGGACCUGAGUGCCAGCGUGUCCCGAGGACCCCCGGACCUGUCGGACAUCCCCGAGGACACCACCAGGGAGCUGGUCCGCAUGGCUCCAGGCUUCGUCACCAUGAAGGACGGCCGUGGACUCGACCCCAGCCUGAUGGAGCAGCAGCGAAGGAAGCUGCAGGAAAUGGUGUCCUCCAUCCAGGCCUCCAUGGAGCGGCACCUGAAAGAGCAGCAGAGCACCGCCUCCGGGGGUAGGGCUGCCCAGGAGCCGACGGCCGGAAGCCAGGCGGGUGAGGACCAGUCGGUGUCCACGGCCGACCACAAACCGCCAGCUGCAGUGUCGACAACGGCAGCCAUCAAACCUGAGCAGAAGGUGGAGGAACCGGAGGAGAUGGACAGCCAGGACGCCGGGCAGAGUAACGCCACCGAACCCAUGGAUCACUCCUGAUCACGCCUGAGCCCCAGCACCGCCCCAUCCCCGCACCCGCCUGACCGGCAUCUGUGGGUCAUAACACCUCAGGUCGGAUCCUCAAGCUUUGGUCUUCAUCGUGUUGCGUUGUCUUUACUGCAUGACUAAGAGCGGGCCGACUGUCCUCGCCGCUGCGAACUCCAGGUGGGACAGCCGUCGAUGAAGCGAUAUAUUGUGACGCGCUGUCUGCGAUAUGUCAUCGAUUCACCCGUUUCACAGAUCUGUUGCAGAAGCCGUUGCCAUGUGUGUUUACACUGUAUCCACUGUAGCUCGCCUGUCAGCACCGCUCUAUGAAAAUUUAACACGGUAAUGAAUAAAUACAACGAUGUGAUCCCCACGUUGAUUCAAAAUAAGUUUUUCUCUUAAGUUGAUGAUGUAUCGUGAACAACUGUCUCACAGUAUAUCGCAGAGUCGUCCAUAAGGUGACGGGAUUCUGUCGUUAGGCCUGCGGUUCCCACCUGCAGACGUCUAAUCCUCUCGCUGUGAACACUUACUGAUCUCCGAGGAGGAAAAUCCAGUGAGACGCAUUCCUGUAGAUAGAAGAAGUCUUAAUCUGCCACCAGGAAGGAGAGUAGCUGGCCGCCGCCAGCGUCGCGUCCUGCAAACAUGCUUCCGUCAAAGUGCACGCUCUGAAAAGUGCACCGGCGUCCGUACGCAUCAAUGCCUUCAGAAUCUGCUUUCCACCCUCCGUUUGUCUGAGCUCUGCAGGGAGAACUCUGAUCUGUGUUUGCUUGAUUGUCUGAAUCCUCCUUGAUGACUUUAUAUUUUUACUUUACCUUUUUGCCCCUCUAACCAUCACCAGUUUAAUGGUUUAUAUUCUAGAAAAAUCAGAAUGAAGCCCCUCACAACCUCCAGGCAGAGAACUAACUGCAGUUUCUAUUUGUUGUAUCUAAAAUUUAACCGCACGCUCUCAUCUCCACGUGUGACAUAUUGCAGUUUUGUGUGAUGCCACCUGCGCCUCAACAUCAGUAAUAAGGCGUCUGUCGAUAUCUGUGCCUGUAGCAGUAUUGAACAUGUGCUGUGCGAGACCUCCAAAGUCCACAUGAGCUGGUUUGUUAGUACAAGUUGUUUGGUGGUCCGCGUCCCAUUUGGACCGUUGUGUUUUGCACUUUUAAUUUUUUCUUCUGUUUUGUUUGUUGUUUACUUGACAUUUGAUUUGCUUUUUAGGUUGAUUGUAUGGAAAAGACGGCCUUGUUGUAUUUGUACUCUUUUUAUGGCUUUUUGAGCAUCAGAUGAGUGUAACCAUAUUUAAAUGAGAAGUUUUAUUGCUCAGUUACCACCUAACAGUAGCUGGUUUGAGCAGAAAGCUGCAUCCAUAAGCUGCACACAGGCACAGAUGUCUGGUGAUUAAUGCUAAUCAACAGACAAAUAAAAUACUGGAACGGUCUCUUAGCUGAUGGGUCGCUCGUCACAAUUUUAAACGUCAUUAAAAAAUUCUCCAGAAUGCUCCAACAGCACAAACACAGUCGAGAGGUCCCGUUCAGUGACUCUGAUUAGCUGAAGCCUAACAGCUACACCUGCCUGUGUCACCACCCACCUGUCAGGGCCACGCCCCCAUUAAUGCAAACUUUAAGCCUUAUCAGUGUCCAAAUGAAUAAGUUAAAUACGAUUAACAUUGUUUACAGUUCAUCAAAUUUUUAAUAUUUUUACUUGCGGGUCUGCAAAGGCUAAGCUCGAGUGGCCAUUAGCUUCAUUAAUGGAUGUUUCUGGUUGGUCGGGCUUCUUAAAAGAUCUUAGUUUGGGUUCCUGUGUACCCCACUUCACUGCCAGUGUGUAAAUGUGGGUUUGACAAAAAGUGUUACGUGUUAAAAACAAGAACUAAUUUAUUUCUCACAUAUUUGUUCCAGCUGUAUUUUUAUUCACCUUAUGUAUCCCAGGUUAAAUAUUUUAAAUUUUUAACACCUAAAUUUAAGUUUCAUCUGAUCUCCAAACACUGCAGAUUCAUGAGAAUCUGUGUAAAUGUAGCAAUAAAAUGCCAAAGAUGUGUUAGAGAUGCACAUGUAGUCAACAAGAGUCACUUAUGAUUUUUUUACUAUAAAAUUCCCAAGACGACCUCGACACGACGUGUUUGAACAUAAAUGUUACGAUCCACUCUGCUCUGGACUAUUUUGUGUUUGUUAUUAAAACUCUUGAAAUCAGUACCUGAAAAGACUUUUGUGUGAGGUUUAGAGGGACAUAAACAUGAAGCAAAUAUCUGGUGCUUUAGAAGCUAAAGAUGAAAUGCCUUGAGAUGUGAGCAUGAAUAUGAACUUGAGUGCAGUGCAACGAAGAGAAAUUGUAUUUAUUGCCUGCAGGUGGCGCCGUGUUGAAUGUGCAGCAGUAAUGAACUUCCUGGAGGUCGAAGCUUCUCCUCGGUUUACCUGAAAACACUGUAAAAUAACUCUGCACUGGACUGUUAUCUUAUGCUCAACAACUACCUUUCCCAUGAGUCUUAGCCACAGGAGCACAGUUAAAGUAUUAUGGGAGUCAGCGAAAUCAAAAAGCGUUUAGCUUGUAGAAUUUAUAGAAAAUCCAAAAUGAGCUGCGGAGGUUUGUGCAGGUUAAAGCGAACGGCUCCUCCUUAUGGAGAUACUCUGAAAAUACUUUGUGAACAAGUUGAUCUUCACAUCCCAAAAGUUAAACAUGUGCUCAUCAGCUGAUCAGGUUACUUCAUAAAAGGCCCAAAUGUCAAAGUAAGAAACCUAAAGCUCCAUUCAGGUGGGAUUCAUGUCUCAGUGGUGCUUUGGUGUGGCCUCGGGAGGCUUUCUUCUUCUUCUUUGCUCUGAAGAUGAACCUUCUGCUCCUUCCUAACAUUUAAGGUUUGGUUCUCGCUUCAUUUUUUCUCUUUUCAAAAGCAGAACACAGCCAAAGAAAAACCAGGUUCAAGUUUUCACUGGAGUUUAAAUUCUCGUGAUUGAUCUAAGUUUUGGUUGGAGGAAGUCCUCGCUGGGCCUCUGUGCUUCUGUCCUAUGCAAACAUCUUAACUGAACUUCCAGGUCUAAACACCACCUACACAUUUCAGCUGAACCUCCCAGACUCACCACCAGGUGGCCCUGCUGUCAGUGAAGGCGUCUCAUAGAGAUGCACUGAUUGUGGAAAUCAAGUAAACUAUUGUUUUUAAAACAACAGCUUUUGGGAAUCAUAUAUUACAGUUUUUCACUCUCUGAAUGAGAAAGAAUUCACUUGUACAAAUUGAGGAUCGACGGGACACAAAGUGACCGUCGAUCAUCAGCUCUCGUCUGUAAAAACCAAACCACAAACAGGAACUGAGAGAUUUAAUUAAAUCUUCCCUCAGUGUGGCGACACCAGAUUACAGAACAAGAGUUUAUUAUUUUUAUUUCCCCGAGGCUUUAACCGCUCCUUUAUUCCUGUAACGCUGCAGGAAGAAAAAGUAUCUUUAGAUGUGUCAAAUCAGCUUUUGUGGAUUGUGUUUCCACGUCUGGAACAUCAGGCAGGUUAGAGUCGCAGCAUGUGACUCUUCUCAUUGUUCAUGUGUCUUUCACACUGUUGUCCACAUGUCUGCUCGUUCUAUAUGAAUCAUAAAGAAGCUGCUGUUUUUGUCAGAAUUACCUGAAAGUAAAUGUGUGUUUGAAGACAAAUCCGCAGAGACGUUCAGCCCAUCACUAGAUGUCCAAAAGUAUCAUCCUCGCUGACCUGUUCCUUGUUUUCUGGCCACGUCUAUUCUAUUAAAGCAUAAUCUCAUUGAGCCUAUUUUCAUCCUCCACGCUCCACCUGCAGUGACGCCAUUAAUGAGGCCCAGCGCUCGUCACAGUUUGAAAACCACUGAAUGAAAGCAUUAUCACAUAAAGCUCUUUAUGCAGCUGCUGAAUAAGCUCACAGAAGCAGGGUCCCAGGUUUCUGAUGAAGAUGAUUUUGGACAUUUUUAAAUGUUUUCAUUGUUCACACAGAGUGUUUGGUUUCACUGAAGAUGGACGUCUUAGUUGUGAAUUACAAGCAGCUAUUGUCACCUAUACAUGCAGAUCUUAGUUUUAGUUCACGAGGAGCUCGUUCAGAGCUGCUCACCACACACUGCAGAAGGGUUUUACAACUCUAAGUUGGCCUCCAGGCUUGUGGUUUCUACGUUCAGUCAGUGUCUGCUCUUCCUGCUGCAGAGGAAACUUUUCCCUCUUUCAGCAUGAAACAGUGAAACAGAUCCAGAUGUUAGAGCUCACUCUUCAGCAUCUGGCAGGCAGACUGAAGCCAGAGGAGCACGUUAAUGCAAAUGCUGCCACUGUCACAUAUGGACAGGCUCUAUAAGGGAGGCUUCACGUGUAUGUGUUUCUUCAGUGCUUGAUGUUCAGAGGUGGGUUUUGCUUUGUUGUUGUUGUUUUUUGCUGGCGUCGUUAUAGUAACAAACCUAGUCAUGCAGCUAGCUAACAGAGCUAACUAACAAGGUUAGCUGUGGCAAAGUUUGUGCAGCUCGGCACCAAAACAAGAAGUUCAAGAUCAUUUCUGGGCCACACACUCGAGGUGUUUUCAUAACCUUUGUACAGCUUUGAGCUUCAUCAGAGGUUCAGUCUUUUCUUGGGUAGUAGUACUGAAUUAUUUGUAAAAACAUGUGAUUGGCUGAAGAUUUGUUUAAAAAUUAGGACUUUUAUUCAGAGGCGCUGCUGCCUGAAAUCCUCUCUGAUGGCACAGUUUUCAGCAGGUUCGUCUUCACUGUUUGACGGGACGUCCACGUUCAGUGUGAACUCUAAACUGUUGCAUCAGCAGCAGUUUAGAGUUUCCUGUGUUUUCUAACAGGAGAUGUACACUGGUGUGUACAGUGUUUUGGUGUGUGUGUUUGUGUACUUUUAUUUUGCAUGUUGAUUUUUCAGGGACUUCUUGAGAAAAACAGCAGUUUCUUUUCAUGAUUCAUCAAACCAGAGGUCUCAAACAUCCAUCUGAUUUUUACAGGAACAAACUGGGUCAUUUCUGCUCACAGUCCUCUGAUUCGAUGCUUUUGUAGAAAUGUAGAAAUGUGCAGAUGUUUUUCAUUGUGCUCUGGAGCAGCUGGUUAGUUUAGCAUUAACAAAGGAAAUGACUCUGAACUCUAAAUCUCACUGACGCUGUAUCGCGUUUGUUAAAUCCGUGUGAAAUGUAAAACAGGACACCUGCGAGUGGCACCGAUCUCUGCUCCAUCACAAACAUGGAAGGCAGUUUCCGCCAACACAGAUGUUUCUCCACCUCUGCAUGUUACUUCUGUAAUGAAUCAUCAGGCCUUAAACUGUGCAUAAAAUGUUUUACACUUAGGUUCUGCUUCAACUCUUUUAUCUCGACUGUGUUUAAUUUGAACUGGAGUCUUUGUAUUUUCACUUUUUUGGCCUUUUUGUUUUCUGGUUUAGCAAAAAAAAGUCUGUUUCAGAAUCACGGUCCUUCUGUUUUUGCCGUUCAGAUGAAUCUUUAGCACUUUGAGGAAAACAGGGAAUGUUAGCAUAGCAUGCCCAUAGCCGAAUCAUCAUCAUCAUCAUCAGUCAGAGAGGAAGCAGGUCGGCAGCACGAAUCAGGAGGAGAGUUUGCUCAGAUCAGACGACACUGCUGUAACAGACUUGAAGUUUUUCUUUGUGACUGCUGUACUAAUGACAUGAAUUGUAAUCCACCUGUAUAAUAGUAUAUAUUGUAGUAUAUUUGGAUCUGUACAGAAACACAGAUGUUCAGUUCCUGCAGUAAUGAUUUCUUUUGUUAACUUCUCUCUGGUUUGCUAAUAAAAUAUUGAUGAUACACGGCUUCGA